GCUCAAUGAAUAGCGACUACUCCAUAUCCUAAUAAAAAUAUAAAUAUUUUAGCUUAAUUCAAGGUAGAUGGCUUCGUUAACUAAGAUAAUGUUAAAUUUUAGCUGGUUUUGUGCAUGUUUAAAAUAUGAAUAGAGAAUGUUAUUAACCAAAGGUUACAUAAGGGCGCGGGGUGAGGUCGCGGGGGAGGUCGCGGGGACUGUUCCGUUUGUGUUUCUUCAUGAGUGUGAGCUCCAGUUACUUUUGGCGUUGUUUCGAUAGUAAAACAAACGUGGGAUUUUGUUACGUGCGCUGCAAAUUUUGUAGUUAUACCCAAAUUAGAUUAAGAAUCUAAUCAUUUUAAGCGAAGGUAAAGGUUCCAAGGCACGAAUGCGCAUAACCGGUUGCGACCAUUUUAUUACUGUUCCCUAAAGUGAAGCAACGGGCACUCCUUGAGGUGCCAAUGAGUUAUCAGAGACAGUUAAAGGUGUGUUCGCGUGAUGUCAAACUAACAAAAACGCUGCAAGGAGUUGAGUCAGAGUAGUUUUGAGCCGCGGGUGUAACGAGUGCGGAUGCAAACCAAUUUAUAGAAUUUUGGAUGUAUGAUGAGAUCGAACGAAAAACUCCGGAACGACUUAACCGAUUCAAGUAUAGUUUCAUUGAAGUAAUAUAGUCAGCAUCAUUUAAAAUUUAAAAUUCUAGUAGUUUUGAAGUGAAUCUCAGCGCAGCGGGGCACUGGGCGCGGGGCACGGGGCGAUGCCGGCGCGGCUGGGUGGCGCGGGCGCGGGUUCGGCGGCCGCAGACGUGAGCGUGGCAGACUCCCCGCUGGCCUCGCUGGAGUCGCUGACGCAAGCCGCCGUCAUCGCCGUAGUGGGCAUCGCCAUCGUCAUCUCCAACUUGCUCAUCAUAGCUGCCUUCCUCAACUUCAAAGUGGUGUGCGCAGGGCUGGCACACGAGGUGAUCAACUACUACCUGCUGUCGCUGGCCGUGGCGGACCUGCUGUGCGGGCUGCUCGUGGUGCCGCUGUCGGUGCACGCGGCGGCGGUGGGCCGCUGGGUGUUCGGCGGGCUGGUGUGUCGGCUGACCGGCUACAUCGAGGUCACGCUCUGGUCCGUCUCCGUCUACACCUUCAUGUGGAUAUCUGUGGACCGCUACCUAGCGGUCCGGAAACCGCUCCGAUAUGAGACGGUUAGUCUGACGGUACAAACGCGCACGCGCAGCCAAUGCUGGAUGGUGUUUACGUGGAUCUCGGCUGCCAUGCUGUGCUGCCCGCCGCUGCUCGGCUACAAGAAGGAGGCUAACUACGACGCGCGCACCUUCAUCUGCAUGCUGGACUGGGCGUCGACGUACGCGUACACCGCGACCUUGGGCAUCCUCGUUCUGGGGCCGAGCCUCAUUUCCAUCGUUUACAACUACUACUACAUAUUUGCGAUGCGGCGCAAACUCAACAGCGGCGCGCCCAUGCACGACAAGGAGUACGCGACCGCCCUGGCGGAGAACCUCGCUAACCCUAGUCACUGCAUGAGCUUCUUGCUGGUCGCCGCCUUCUGGCUCUCCUGGAUCCCCUACUUCGCCCUUCAGAUCUACGAGUACUUCACGGCGCCGGUGGUUAAAGUGCCCAUGUUGCAUUUCGGCGUCGUCUGGUUGGGGAUUCUCAAUUCUUUUUGGAAAAUCGUGAUACUGAUAACGUUCAGUCCGCAGUUCAGACUGGCGCUCAGGAUCCUGUGCCUUACCUGCUGCCGCGCCAAGAGCCGCCUACAGGCGGAGCUCAUCGGCAUGGAUAACGACGACUGAACGCUAUAGCUUUUGCCUCGUUGUCAGGUCUACGGUGGGGUUGUCGGCCGCUGGCCGCUGGCCGCCUCAAACAAACGUUCUCCUUUACUAAAUGUUGUAAUAAAUAAAAUAAAAUAAAACUAAAUGUUAGUAGCAGUGCGAAUUCCAUUAAGUAUAAACAAUGUACGUAAUUCAUAGUUAUUUUUAAACUGUUUUAAGACAGAAGAAGACUUAACACGCUACAAAGAUAGGCAUUUUUUCUUUAAGCGGAGAAUUUCCGCGUCACUAACGUACGUUUACCAAAGUAUUUGUAUUCGUUUUUGCAUAUGUAUUAUACAUAUAUGUAGGUACUUUCUCCGCGUGUAGUUAAAUAUUAGAGCGUAUCUUCAGUCCGCAAAAUAUAUAACGUAACAUAAAGUAACAUUUUGUAAUUAUAAUAUUUGUAAAUAAAAUUAAAUAAAGUUUAAUAUUAGAUGUAGAAUGUUCAUAUUGUAGAAGUUAUUUGAAAAUAGCGAAAAAACCUUUGAGAUCACUGUGUGCCACACUUCAGCGAGAUCCGUUUGCUCCAACAUGUAUUUGAAAUAAAUUAAGACCACGUAAUUUUUGGAUUUACAUCAUAACUACUCGUAUGUUGGUAAACUUAGGAGUUCGUAGUUUUACAAUAAUACAUAUACGUAAGAGUAAAAUUAUAUGACGAAAUGAAAUUGUAUAAAAAUGAUGAUAUUUAAUUUGUUUGUACAUAUCUACUUAUUGCCCUUAUGUUUGAUGCUUAUUCAUUGUCAUCAUCAUCGGCACUGUUAGUGUAAAAUGUAAAUGUUGCAAUAAUGAUGAGUUCAUAUCGUUUUCAAUAUCGUAACUGUAAGUUUUGUACUUUAUUUUAUGUAUUUACCUUAAGUCAAGUUUAGUCACUUUCGUUGUCGGUCUUCUAUCUCCAAACUUAUAUAAUCGAUUAACUUCACGCUCGUCUUGACACGAUAAUCGCAAAAUGUAGUUAAAUAGUUUUAUGUCAAGAACACUUUGAAACAGACCAAAACAACGAGAGUGCACUUAUAAUUUAGUUGUAAAAUGGUGCGCAGUUUAAUUUAUCUAAAUACGAGGUGCAACGCAAUUUUUCUGUAAGUGGAACACCUCGAAUGACGGCAAUAGUACAACUUUAAUAUUAUUGUAUGAACGCACAUCUUCUAGUGUACUAGUACGUGUGUAUGUAUUUGCAAUAGUGUCGCGAGGCUCGACUGCGGCCGCCGCAUCUCACUUCCGCAUUCGCAUGGGCGUUUCUUUACACCGAAUUUGUAAAUCUGUUUAGUUAACGUUAGUUAUAGCACUUGUACAUAGAACAACAUUGCCUUGUGUAUGAAGCAAUUUCCAUAAAUUUGGAUUGUUAUUGUAAUUGUGUAUUAUUUAUGUUAUAUUGUUCACUUUACA